GCGACAUGGUAGUACAUACCAUAAAUACGUAGGUAGGUACCUACAUUCUUGUCAAUGUAAUGUGGUGAUUUGCGGACUUGUUUGUUAUUAAAAUUAUGUAUAUGGGUUUUAUUUAGGAAACUCAUUUGCAUUUACAGAAAACAUAACACAUUCCAGGAUUUUCAUUUGCUAUUAUUUUUACGCAAAUCCGACACCUACAGUCAAGUCAACUUCUUGAGACCGAAGGGGGUGAUCGAAUUAGGAGUGAUGGAGGCGAUGGAUAUUCAGGCUGUGGAGUCGAAACUGAGCGACGUGACUGUGACGGCUAUACCAAUGAGUGGGAAAAACGUUCAUAAGGACAUGGGGCACGGCGGUAACAGCCACGCCACCAUUUCUACCGUACCGGCUGCAUCUCCUUCAUCGAUUGGGAAGGAUAAAGAUAACGGGACGUCAAAUAUGGAAGUGCGUUGGAACACCAAAUGGAGGUGGGACACGGGGUACAGUGCGGACUCCGUGGAGUGGUGCCCUGUCGAGGGCUACAGAAAUGUGCUCGUGUGCGGGACCUAUCAGCUUGACAAGAAGGACGAAGGGGUUGAACAAGCAACGAAGCAGAAGCGUCUGGGGAGAAUAUACCUUUUCAACAUCGACAGCGCCACUACCGAACUAUCUCCCAUUCAAACUAUCGACACAUCAGGCAUACUAGACCAAAAGUGGUGCUGCCAUCUCGUCCAAAACUACCCAAUACUAGCCGCAGUCACUUCUGAAGGGGACUUGGCGCUCUAUAGAUUAUACAUAGAGGAAAUAUACAGCUUAAAGUUAUGGGUUUCUUACAAACUUGAUCAAGAUAUUCUCGUCCUGUCUUUGGAUUGGUCGACGAAUAAAAUGAAUUCUGGUGAAGUUUGCCUGGUGGUUAGCGAUUCCUCUGGACAUGUGACUGUGUUGAUGUUAGCAGAGGAUGAAAUCCAGAAGGUCGGAGUUUGGAAAGCCCAUGAUUAUGAAGCUUGGAUUGUUGGUUUCAAUUAUUGGAACCCAGCCGUAUUUUAUUCAGGUGGUGACGACUGCAGUUUCAAAUGCUACGACACGAGAAUUCCAGACCUGCCGGUGUCAUCGAACAAGGCGCACGGGGCGGGCGUCACAGCCAUCAGGAGUCAUGUCCAGGUGGAACACCAGCUGCUGACUGGGAGCUAUGACGAAAAAGUAAGAUUGUGGGACGCAAGAACUCUGAAAAGAUGUGUCUCCGAACGUGACGUUAACGGGGGAGUGUGGCGACUUAAAUGGCAUCCUUGCGAGAACAACACAGUUUUAGCGGCUUGCAUGUACGGUGGCUUCCGUAUACUGACCGUGGAAGGCACGAGGGUAGACGUGGUUUCGGAAUAUAUGGAACACGAGAGCAUCGCUUAUGGAGCUGAUUGGAAGCAUAAUGGAGACUCGUUGAUCGCUACGUGUUCUUUUUACGACUGUAGGCUGCAUAUUAGUGAAUUAACUAAGCCAAAUUGCUGUAUAAAUAAUUAAAUGUUAAACAACUAAAUAAAACCACUUUGCCUCAUUUUAAA